ACUGCGCGUGCUUUAGUCUCAUCACAGAAUGACAGCGGCAGGACGGAUAAUUGUGCGCUCCUGGUGACUCUCUAUUAAUCCGGACUGGGAGUCUGCGGAGUCCGAAGAUGCACUUUAGGGUCUAAUUUUGGACUUCAUUUAGCCUACCCAGUGUACCAGUGAUGAAUAUCUGUCCCAAACGCAUGGAAAAUAACUUCCCUUUAUUCAUUUGUAUGCUGCACGUUUAUGAAUACGAUCCAAUCUAAACUGAACGACUAAAAAAACUUGUAUCUUUGCCUCAUCAAAAGGGAGUUCACGCGGGUUUUCGCAGAAAUGGCUCCGUGGAUUUGAUCUUUAUGACCGAACAGGGCAGCGCAACAGGACGCAGUUCAUCGCAUCUGCUUCAUCACAAUAUCGAGUGUUUAACGCUUCAUUGCCGUUAUGAUGUGACUCGUUAGUGAAACUGAAGCUGCUCAGGUGAGAAGCAUCGGCAUCUCCGCUCCCUGUCACCUGAGAUGGCCAUCAACAUCACCGGCUCCAUGCGUGAUUCAGAUGGUUUGUCCGUCCUGGAGCAGCUGGGUCUGGACCAGAACUCAGAUUUCUCAGACUCCAGCGUGCAGCAGCGGUUGGACGAGCAGCGCGAGAAGAUCCGGAGGGAGAUCCGGAAAGAGCUGAAGAUAAAAGCGGGUGCGGAGAACCUGCGGCGGGCCACAACUGACAAACGCAAUGCCCAUCAGGUGGAGAGCCAAUUACGCAGCUCCAGCCGCAAGCUGGACUCACUCCACACUCAGCUGCAAGAGCUGGACGCCCACAUCGUGAUCAAGGGUCACGAUGACAGCAAAGAUGACCUUCAGUCUGUCAGGACACCAAGUCGCUCCUCAGCCAAUCAGGACAGGAUUAAGGCUUUGGAGCGACAGCUCAACAUCGAACUGAAGGUCAAACAGGGGGCAGAGAACAUGAUCCCCAUCUACGCCAAUGGGGUUACCAAGGAUAAGAAGCUGCUUCAGUCGGCUCAGCAGAUGCUGCAGGACAGUAAGACGAAAAUCGACAUUAUCCGUAUGCAGAUCCGUAAAGCCAUACAGGCCACCGAACAGACAGAUGACACACAAGCAGGUAAGCCGGAUCUGUGCGGGAUGGAGCUGCGUAUCGAGGAGCUCUGGCAUCAUUACCGAGUGGAGCACGCCAUGGCCGAGGGCGCCAAAAACAUGAUGAGACUUCUAGGAGCUGGAAAAGCACAGGACAAGAAAGCCAUCGCUGAGGCUCAGAGUCGUCUGAGUGAAGCGUCCCAGCGGUUGGAUCUUCUGCGAGUGUCGUUGGAGCAGCGGUUGGUGGAUCUACCGGAAGAACAUCCGAAAGCGUGCCUGAUUAAAGAGGAGUUGGUGUUGGCGUCGUCCUCGGCCUUCAGCUCCCAUCACAGCGCCCCCUACGUUCACAAUCAGUACAGCACCCUCAGCAAACCCUCGCCGCUCACCGGGACGCUGCAGGUGCGUCUGCUGGGGUGUGUGGGGCUGCUGGAGGUCGUCCCGGGUCGUAAUCGUACGUCUCCUGUCGCCCUGCCUCACUUCAAUCCAGGAGACGGACGACCGUUCAAACUCACUCUGAGCAGCAGAAGCACCAGCUUCAGCCUGAAGAGUCCCAGCAAGUGCGAAGAUCUGUCCUCGGAGGUGAGCGCUGUGUUGAAGCUGGAGAACUGUGUGGUGGGUCAGACGUGUUGGAAAAGUGUUGGUGAACAGACGUGGAAUCAGAGCUUCACUUUGGAGCUGGAGAGGUCCAGAGAGAUGGAGAUCGCGGUGUACUGGAGGGACUAUCGCUCGCUCUGCGCUCUGAAGUAUUUGAAGCUGGAGGACUUUCUGGACAAUCAGAGACACCGAAUACAGCUAGAGCUGGAACCGCAGGGACUGCUGCUGGCCGAGGUGAUGUUCAUCAACCCUGUGAUAGAGAGAGGCCCACGUUUACAGCGCCAGAGGAAGGUGUUUUCUAAACAGCAGGGGAAAGCAUUCCUGCGCGCUAAACAGUUGAACGUUGACAUGGCGACUUGGGUUCGUCUGCUGAAGAACGCCAUUCCCAUGAGCUCCUCCACACACAGCUACACACAACACACCGGCACACACAACAGCAGCGAGAUUUCCAUUCAGAAGAUCCAACUGGACGGCGACUCUCCUCCGUCUGUGACGAGGAGAAACACACAGACGUCUGAAACGGUGGACAUUGGCCCAGCGAUGGAGCCGGCCUCUCUUCCUGAUCCUGCUCCUCCUGAGAAGGCUGUCAGGAUCAGUUCCCAUAAUUCCCAGCGCAGGUCGUCCAAAAGCUCUCUGUGUCUUCAGGAUUUCCGAAUGAUCGCAGUGCUCGGCCGGGGACAUUUUGGCAAGGUACUUCUGUCUGAAUACAGACGCUCAGGAAAGAUGUACGCCAUCAAGGCUCUGAAGAAAGGGGACAUUGUGGCGCGGGAUGAGGUAGAGAGUUUGAUGUGUGAAAAGCGAAUCUUCGAGACGGUGAACAGCGCGCAGCAUCCGUUCCUGGUGAACCUGUUUGCAUGUUUUCAGACACCAGAACAUGUGUGUUUUGUCAUGGAGUACACGGCCGGCGGUGACCUGAUGAUGCACAUACACGCCGACGUCUUCUCUGAAACUCGCUCCGUGUUUUAUUCUGCCUGUGUUGUUUCGGGGCUUCAGUUUCUUCAUGAUAAUAAGAUUGUUUAUCGAGAUCUGAAGCUGGAUAACCUGCUGCUGGAUACUGAAGGUUACGUGAAAAUUGCAGACUUCGGUCUCUGUAAAGAGGGAAUGGGUCAUGGGGACAGAACCAGCACAUUUUGUGGGACUCCAGAGUUUCUUGCUCCUGAGGUUUUGACGGACACGUCCUACACAAGAGCCGUGGACUGGUGGGGUCUCGGCGUGCUCAUUUACGAGAUGCUGGUCGGAGAGUCACCGUUCCCAGGUGACGAUGAAGAGGAGGUGUUCGACAGCAUUGUAAAUGAUGAAGUACGUUACCCAAGAUUCCUCUCCACCGAGGCUAUUGGCAUCAUGAGACGGCUGCUGAGGCGCAAUCCUGAGAGACGGCUGGGCUCCGGUGAAAGAGAUGCAGAGGAAAUAAAGAAACAACCAUUCUUUAGAAAUAUGGACUGGGAUGCGCUUUUGCAGCGGAAAGUUCCACCUCCAUUUGUUCCCGCUUUGACAGGAAAAGAAGACGUCAGUAACUUCGACGCCGAGUUCACAAAUGAGGCUCCAACACUGACACCUCCUCGUGAGCGCCGGACCCUCUCACGCAAAGACCAAGACUACUUCAGGGACUUCGACUAUGUCUCGGACUUCUGCUAGGGUACAAGGGUGCAUAUUGAAGCUGCUAGGUGUGGGAGAUGUGGACCAUUGUAACGUCCUAGCAUGGUUCUCGCACCCUAGUUCCCAUCUAGGGUGAUAAUCAUGAGGAUUCACGCACCUCCCAGUGAAACAGGGAAUGCUGACAGGCUAUACGCCUCUGAUGACUGUAGAAGGUACAUCAAACAUGAAGAGAUUCAAGAAUCCAGAUAAUGUGAAGCUCUGUGGUGUAUCUGAAAGCUGGUGGUCAAGAAGUUUUCUUGUCCUAUUUGGCAGGAUUUUCAAUCAGACUUGUUCAUGACAUGACCCAAAAUCCUUAGCACCAGACGUCCAAGUAGUCAACUGGAAUCUCAUGAAUAGAGUGCUGCAGGGAUAAUGUAUUUUUGGAGGCCAAAACCCAGAAAUGAGCAUUUUAGCACUUUCAGUUCCAUCACCUUGAAGUCAAUGGGUUUUUUGAAUGGGUUUUUGGUUAAAUGCCUGAAAUAAGGUCUGUGCACAGUAAACUCCCCGGUGUUAAAUUAACUCUGUGUUCAUAUGGGAACCACCAGCAGGGUGUUAAAAGUAACAUCGAAGCAGAGUUAAUUAGAUAGUUAAGUGAUUGACUGAGUGAUGAUUGUUUGAUUAUUGAACACACCUGAUGAAAACGAGCAGAAUCACUUUGUAAACACUGAUACAAAGACUACAAACUGACAUAAAAACACCAAUCACCAUAAUGGUGACCAAAUAUUUUCAAUAAAACAUCAACAUCUAAAUCUAUCAAUUCACAAAAAGAACUGUAGACAAAUGACAGAAAUAAAGUCAGUCUGGUUUGUAAUAAGAGAGAUUUAAUGUGUUUUCAGUUGAUUUCGUCUAAGGCUGUGGCUGGAAGUCAGUUGUAGUGCUUGUGUUUCUCUUUCCUUCAGUGAUUGUGCUCAUUAUCAUCAGGUGUCCUCAAUAAUCAAACAAUCAUCACUCAAUUAAUCACUUAAGUAUCUAAUUAACUGCUUCGGUGGUUCCCAUAUGAACACCGAACAGUGUUAAUUUAACACAGGGUAAUUUACUGUGUGGUAAAUACAAGCCCAAUAUUUUCAAAGAUACUUUCACUUUUUAUGCUGCAAUAUAAAAUACAUCAAUAAUACCCCCUUGUGAUUUUUUAAAAAGCUUUUACUUGUCUUGAAAAAGGCAGUUGCUAACAAGUGUCUAGAGGUUGUCGUGACAUUAAACGGCAUAACAUUAAACAGGUAAUCUCAUCUACUCGCUAAUCCGCGCUCUUGCAAACUAUUCUAACCAAACUUUCAAGGACAAUGUUUUUAAAUAAACCUGAAAAAGUUGUCGGAAGCUUAACUCUUUUCCCGCUAGCGUUUUUUUAAAAAGUUGCCAGCCAGUGCUAGCUAUUUUGAUCAUUUUCACAAAAUUUUCAUGCCCCCCAGAAUAUUUUGUUGUAGGAAUAUCUGAACAUACAAUAUAUAAAAAUAAAUAACAGAGCCUCUGCUUUUAAACAAAAAAAAGCAUUUUAUUCUACCUUUAUGCAUUUAAGUUUCAUGUACCGUUAAGUUUCAUUUAAAAAAAAAAAAAAAAGCAAAAAAGCUUUUGUCAAAGACUACGUCCAGAACGGAUUCAGAACGGAUCGAAAUGUAGAUGGAGGAAAUCGAUCACCCCCAAAGCUUCACAGUCCUAAACCUCUUCAUGGGUCGACAUUUCAUUCGGUAACAUCAGGCAGUUUUGAUUAAUAUGCCGUUUAAUGUUUGAUGAUUGCGUUAGCUUACUUGUGAGUAAGCAAUGCUUCUAUCACUUGUUUCUGCUUCUUUGUCACUUGUGUUUUGUUCUGGAGAUUCUGUACUCUUUCAAAGUUGCGUAAAAGCGUAUAACCGUGAAAACGUGGAUUGCCGGAAAAACUUGUCAAUGGUGGGUAAGCGUUGUGUCAUAAAUGAUGGCAAAUCCAAAAGCCAAUGGAACCAGGGUGAUGCAAACUACAAAAAUAUGUCAUCACUGCAGUGCUCUGUGGGAGCUUGUUGACUAGUGGAGUCAUUUCAUGGUACUGACCCCAGUAAAAUGUCUUACUGAAUUCUCCCUUCAUCUCUCUCUCUCUGUCUUUUUUUUCUACCAGUGUUUCUGACUAACACACAUGACUCAGUGAAUGUUUACUUAUGUAAUACACUUAUUUAACCACACAAGGGCGCCAGAGAGUUUGAAAGAAAUGUGGAAACACUGUUGUGUCAGGUGGGAUCUUUGAGUUUGUAUGAGUUCACUCUGUUAUGAGCAUGCCCAUUAAUGAAAUGAGAGUCUGCAGCAUCAUUGACUUCUAGAUUUGUAUUUUUAGAGAUUAUUUAGUUGUUGUUUUUUUCUUUGUCACUGAAACUUGACUAAUUAUGAAAAUGCUACGCCUGAAAAUUACUAUAUUAAACAACUCAACUCUU